AUGUCUCCAGUUAUAGCUACUCAUGGUUCAUUUCGGGACCUGGAAGCUGUCACCAACUGUCAGGAAGCCUCUGGUAGGCUUCGAGCUCACUGCACCUCUUGCAAGUCGUCCAACCCAUCUACUGACUUUGUGCGACAGACAACGGCUGUUGUGGCCACGAGGAGUUCCACUUCGAGUCAAGCAGGAGUCAUGGGUACUGAAUGGUCUGAGCACAUGACACUGCCUGAAUUGAACCCCAACACUUCCGUCUACGAACAAGAUAUCUGCCCACUAACCUCCGAAAGUACCAGCUCCUGGGAGGCAUGCGAUCAGGCCAAUUCCAGGCAGAAUGGUCCUCAUCUGGCCAAUCCGUGUUUAGUCGAGAACAGACGGCCGACUCUCCCACUGCCAGCGAAGCCACCAAUCAUGACGAAACCUGCCGGUGGGAAAGAAGGUCGUGUUAAGCAAAGAAGCAGCACACAUUCAAUCCACAAUGACAGAGAUUGGACAUCCGACAGCUCACGUCAAGAUGUGUCUACGCCAAUUUGGUGA